UUUUCCUCCUAUUGAUAUAGUUAAUUUGCCAAUUCCUUGAGUAAUGGAUCAUUUUACGUUUCCAGAGUGUUGAUGAUGAAAUUAUGUUGUGGGAACCUAUAGUGAAGGAAGAAAUUACAGGAACGGGUGCAGUUGAUGUCCUUCAGAAAUACCCCAUUCCUGUAUGUGAUAUCUGGUUCAUCAAGUUUUCAUGUGAUUUCCAUUUCAACAUAGCUACAGUAGGUAACAGGGAAGGCAAGAUUUAUGUUUGGGAAUUGCAGUCAUGUCCUCCUGUACUUGCUACAAAGUUGUCACAUCCUCAAUCAAUCUCUCCGAUCAGGCAGACUGCUACUUCCUUUGAUGGAAGUACUAUAUUGAGUUGCUGUGAGGAUGGGACAAUAUGGCGCUGGGAUGAUGUUUCAAACUCUUCAACCUAACUUGCAUACAUGCAAUACCAAUCUGACGUGCUUGUCAAAAAAUCAGGAACUUGGUUUAUUGCGUGUUUCUUUGUCUGUUUGGUUAUUUUGGUUCGAUAAUCCUUAUAAUGUAAAAGGUUCAACUGAGAACUCAUUAGAACUUUGACGUUGUUUAAAUAAAAUUGAGCCAUGCAUGUUUCC